GCCCCAUACCUACUGAGUAGGUCGGGUCAGCUCGGUUACAUCCGGGUCCUUCUCUCUCCAUCUACUGUCGGGCCCUGAUUUCCUGUAUCCUCCGCUAGUGGAGGAGAGGAGAAGGGGGGGCGCUUGCUCCUCCGCAACUGGUGGUGGGAAAAUGUCCAGCCCUGGGUUAACCGCAGCCGCCGGCGCCGGAGCAGCGAGGGGUGGAACUGCGACGGCGGAGUGGGGGGCCUUCGAGGACAAUAUGCAGGGUGGGGGUUCUGCAGUAAUUGACAUGGAAAACAUGGAUGACACAUCUGGCUCCAGCUUUGAAGACAUGGGUGAGAUGCACCAGCGCAUGAAAGAAGAAGAAGUGGAUGCAGAAGCAGCUGCUGCAGAUGAAGAAGAUGGAGAGUUCUUGGGGAUGAAGGGUUUUAAAGGGCAGCUGGGGCGCCAAGUAGCUGAUCAGAUGUGGCAGGCAGGAAAACGACAAGCCUCAAAGGCCUUCAAUCUUUAUGCCAAUAUUGAUAUCCUCAGGCCCUACUUUGAUGUGGAGCCAAACCAAGUUCGGAACAGGUUGCUGGAAUCCAUGAUACCUGUGAAGAUGAUUAAUUUUCCCCAGAAGAUAGCUGGUGAGCUUUAUGGUCCCCUCAUGCUGGUCUUCACACUAGUGGCCAUCUUGCUGCAUGGAAUGAAGACAUCAGAUACCAUCAUUAGAGAAGGCACACUGAUGGGUACAGCGAUUGGCACCUGCUUUGGUUACUGGAUAGGUGUCUCUUCUUUCAUCUAUUUCCUCGCAUACUUGUGCAAUGCUCAAAUCACCAUGGUCCAAAUGUUGUCACUACUGGGUUACGGACUUUUUGGGCAUUGCAUCACUCUCUUUGUCACCUACAAUAUCCACUUUCACUCCCUCUUUUACAUCUUCUGGCUGGGGAUUGGUGGCCUCUCCACAUUACGAAUGGUUGCUGUGUUGGUGUCACGCACAGUGGGACAUACCCAGCGCCUCAUUUUGUGUGGCACGCUCAUUGCCCUGCACAUGCUGUUCCUCCUUUAUCUGCACUUCGCUUAUCACAAGGUUGUAGAAGGCAUCCUGGACACAUUGGAAAGACCCAACAUCCCUCCCUUUCAGAGAGUUGCCAGAGACAUUCCAGUUGUUUCCUCUGCUGUACUGAACGUCACAACCAAAGCGGCUGCUGCGCUGCCCUUGUAGCCUUACAGACUCUGGCAUGUUCUCCCUGCCUCUACAUAGGUCAUCUACUCUGCUGCUGUUACCUAGGGAAAGGGACAAAGUAACAGGAGCAGGACUUUGUUUUAUCUGCAGAUCUCUUCUUGGAAGUGAAGGCAGCCGGUUCCCAGCAUGUUUCAGAGGAAAUGUAUUUCCCAGCCAAACUGUGCUGGCAGUGCUUUUCUCCUGGCGCUGCGCGCACAUUUAGUGGGGAUUGCGUAGCUCAGAGUCUCCCUCUGUACACCCUUUGUGCUUGCUCGUGUCUUCUUAGCCUACGUGCUUGUAAUCCUCUCCUUUGCUGAGGGAAGAAUUAAAUUAAAUGGAUGUUUGUUCUGAGCAAUUGCUUCCAUUGGACCCUCGUCGUAAAUGCUGAAGAGCAGGCGGUUCCAGGCUGUUCUCCUUCCGUUCUAAAACUCCAACCAAAACUGUGGUCAUAAAUUCCUUUACCCAAGGUACUUCCUUUCACAUAAGCAACAUUUGGCUUUGAUUGAUGCAAAGAGUGGCAGACGGCCACCUUCCUUCUUUACCGCUUCAUGAGAGUGUUUCCAUAUUCUGCAGAGUGCAAGUUCAAGUGUCCAUAAUACCUAUUUUCAAUCAGUCUCUGAAUUGUAUAUAUUACAUACAAUGUCUUAUAUGUUGAGACUGAUAUUUUUGGUUAGUUUGGUUCUUUUUGUUGUGUGACAUUCUAGGAUUCAAGGAGGGACUUAUUUUGCCUUUCUGGGCUUAAACUGCAAGUCAUGUAUCCAGAGGAGGGAGUCAUUCUUACUCAAGUAGUAGCGCUAAGCUUACUAAGUCAUGCAUUUAUGUUGGUAGCACGUUUAACUCACCACAUUGAAAUCCCCGUCAUAAUGUCUUUACAAAGCACAUUUACACUGUAACUGGGACGACUGCUGACAGUUCACAGAAAUUCAUUCUUCCUAUAGCCAUUAAGUCACUCCUUUUUAUGUACCAUAUACCCACCAUCUUGUUGGCUGGACUCUUCCAAUGUACACAGUAUGACUUCCUCUGGAACUCAAAGCACUUCAUUUUAAUUUUCUACCUUGCUCUAGUUCUUUCUUUUUUAACGUAAGUCCAGUACUUUACUAAAAAGAGAGAGACAGAGAGAGAGACUGAGAUUUAUUUAACAAGAGCAAGAACAGUUUUCUGAUUUUAAAAAUAGUAUAAAUAAAAUGCAACUCUUAUCACCA